AUGGUCGGUACCGCGCAUUCGUCGACGGGCGACCCAGCCGACCGUGCGUCGGACGCUCCUGCCUCCCACCUUUCAGCACUCGAGCGCCAAAGGCUGCAGGACCUCACGCAGUUCAUCUCUCAGCAUGUCGCCGCGCUCACCGACAGCUUCAUCCAGAGCCUGAUCAACCUCUGCAAGGUCAUGCGGAGCUCGAAGCGCAAUGACAGCAUGCUCGAAAUCGCAAAAGCAGGUGUUCGUGUGGCCUUCGAGUUCUGGGUCCAGGACAGCCUCUCGCCCGAGUUCGACGCAUACCUGCCCAUCUCCAUUCGCUCGCUGCUGCGUUCGACUGGUGUUCGCCGCCUGAGCGACGAUGCCCAAGAGAUCUACAAGAUCAUACUGCCGCAGCUGUCCGCCGAAUUUCAAAGCAGUCCACACGUUAGCAUUGCUGCGCUGCUACUGCGCCUGCUGGUCGAGGGCGCCACCCAACGCUCGCCCCCGCGCAUCUUUUUCCCCGGCAACCUGGUCGAACGUGACUUCCACUCUGACUUCCGCGGCGGGGGCGAUUGGCAGCUCUGCCAACACAUCGAAACACUCCAGAAAACAUUCGAUCGUACCAAGCAUUACUGCCGCACUGUGCCCAUUAUUCAGUCGUCUGGAUCAGGCAAGUCGCGCACAGUGGACCAGGUGCUUCGCAAGCACCACCUUGGCAUCAUGAUCUUCGAAGAACCAGCAAAGCCGAUCAAGGCGAUCCUCGACAAGGACGAGAAGGCGAAGGCAAUCCCUCAAACCCAGGAAGACAAGGAGAAGGCCAAGCACGCUCGCAACAAAGCUCUACGCGUCUGGCGCAAGAAUCGCAACCGCAUGCUGGCCUGGUUCGAGGCCUUUGCGCACAUCUUCGCCGAAGAGGUGACCGCAGCCAAGGCGGCAUACGAGCCCAGCCCGUUGUCCGAUGGACGACCAUCGUUCGUCGAAGAGUUCUACGAACACUUGCAGCUGGAAUUGCCGUCCAGCCCCACAGAUUUUGCCAGCAGAGGGGGACCAGACCCAUCUCCCAGACGACAGGCUCUGUUGCAGGCCAUCGCCCGUCGCUACGCGUCCAACAUCGAGGCGCUAGACGAGGACAGCGAUUCAUCUGCAGAUGCGUACCAGGCAGGCCCUUGUGCACAGGCUUUCGCUGAUCUGCAGGCGGCGACAGUAGCCGCUUACGCGGGCGGCCCUCGGCGCGACAGCGGUGUCUUCAUCCUGGCUCUGGAUGAAGCUAUGGGCUUGGGCGAUCUCUUGCCGCACAUUCGCCGGCUGUGGCACCGAAUCCACGAGCCGCCCUCCAACGCCGACCGCCUGGUCCUCCUCGUGCUCGACACCAAUUCGAGCGUGCAUUACCUAGUUGGGCAAGGUGCGAUGUAG